AUGGAGUCAGCCGUCACCGCAGAACCCAAGUGGAGCCGGCCAAGCCUCACCACCUUGCCGCGGGAAAUUCGAAACCAGAUCUAUCGCCAUCUCGUCGUCAGCUCUAAACCAAUCAAAGUCUGCUACGAUUACGAUUCCUUAUGGCUGUAUCUGAAAGCCGGGAGGCAAAACAGAGACGUCAGCACUGAGUUCCUUUGCCAUGCGGUAGAGGGUUCCGAAAUUGCAGUUGAGGUCUACGAGGAGUUCUUUCGCAACAACACCUUCGACUGCGGCAGCUGUGAGAACUUACGACGAUUUUUGACCACUACCACCACCCGCUUCAACUUUCAUAACAACUUGUUUCCUGAUACGUCGAACCACGGGUACCUGAAGUUUGAAAAAAACCGUGGAUACGCAAGGUGCAAGUUUCAAUCUUCUCCAACGUCCUCGAGCGCAAGCUUUCCGGACAUCUGA